UCUUCUGCACCGAAACAAAACGCCCUCUACUGGCAAAAACUACUGGCCAUAUUUGUCAAAAUAUUUCCAGAAUUUUACAAACAUCUCAAAAUUUCCCAGCCCUAGGAAAUCAAAAUUGCAAUAAGCCCGCUUUUUUAAUAUGAGAGUUCUUUCAUCUGUCCAAGGGACAGGACAUGGAAUAUAGAAGUGUCGUUUAUAACGCAGCACGAGACGGUAAACUGAACCGUCUGAAAAUCUUCCUUGAUCACAAAUCUAAAGAUGUCGUACGCCAGCUUGUUCAGGCAAAGACAAAUGGAGCCACACCGCUGAUUAUGGCGGCCAGAAACGGCCACUUUGAUGUGGCUAAGUAUUUGAUAGAGCAGUGUGGUGCAGAUUUUGAGCAGGUUGGGUCUGUAACAUUUGAUGGUGAAACAAUUGAGGGUGCCCCACCAUUGUGGUGUGCUGCAGCUGCUGGUUAUCUUAAUAUUGUGGAAUUUCUUGUAACAAGAACAGCAUCAGUUAAUAAAACCACACUUACAAACUCUACUCCACUGAGAGCUGCAUCAUUUGAUGGACAUUUUGAAAUAGUGAGGUUCCUGGUUGAAAAUGGAGCAGACAUAGAAAUAGCAAACAGACAUGGUCACACAUGUUUAAUGAUAGCUUGCUAUAAAGGACAUCAUGAUAUUGCUAAAUAUCUCCUGGAAAAGGGAGCAGAUGUCAACCGAAAAAGUGUUAAAGGUAAUACUGCUCUGCAUGAUUGUGCCGAGUCUGGCAGUCUUGAAAUCUUGAAGCUUCUACUCGAGCACAAUGCUCGAAUGGACAAAGAUGCUUAUGGGAUGUCACCAUUGCUGGCUGCAGCAGUCGCAGGAUAUUCCACAAUUGUUGAAUUUCUAAUAGAGAGGGAAGAAUGUACAAAGGAAGAAAAAAUAGAUGCAUUGGAACUUCUUGGUGCUACAUAUGUGGAUAAAAAACGUGAUAUGCUUGGAGCUAUACUGUUUUGGCGGCAGGCUAUGGAGGAGCGAUUUUCAAAUGAACACCAUCCUGUGUUAAAACCCGAAAGAACAUCAACUAUACCAGCGUAUGAAAAUUCAAAGGAAGUGGUUUCAGUUGAUCAGCUUGAUGAAUUAAUAUCUGAUCCUGAUGACAUGAGGAUGCAGGCAUUACUGGUAAGGGAGAGAAUUCUCGGGCCAGCCCAUCCUGACACAUCAUAUUACAUCAGAUACCGAGGUGCUCUGUAUGCUGACAUGGGUAAUUUUGAUCGUUGCAUACAGCUGUGGACAUAUGCACUUGAUAUGCAACAAAAUGUGUUGGAACCAUUGAGUCCAAUGACACAAAGUAGUUUCUUAUCAUUUGCAGAGCUCUUCUCUUUCAUGACCACUGAAUGGAGAAAUCGUCCAGCACAUCCAGUCCCUUUCAAAGAUAUAAUGGCUGUGUUACUGAAGGCAGUCAGAGAGCUUGAUCGGGGUAGAAAACAUUUGACAAGCUUGGAAGCAUCAGAAAGAGAUACCACCAAUGUAAACAGACUUCUUGUGAUAAUCAUGCAUAUAAUAUGUCUGAUGUGUAGAUUAAAAAGAAAUCUUAGCAAACAAGAGGAGGAAUUAUUUAAAAAGAGUGUGUACAGUUUAAUCAAGAUGAAACCUACAAGUGCCAAAGGCCAGUCUCCGCUACACCUUGCUUGUUCUAAAGAGACAACAAAUGUGGGACGGUACCCAGUUUGUUCAUUUCCCUCUCUACCAGUGAUAUCUCUUUUACUUGAAGUAGGUUGCGAUGUAAAUGCAGUAGACUCGGAGAAGAACACUCCUUUGCAUGUAGCUGCCACAAAUAAACCCUGCAGAGCGGAGGUUUUUUCCUUGCUUCUUAAACAUGGGGCUCACAUAGACACUUGUAAUGUUGAUAGAAAAACUCCUAUGCAGCUUAUAAGAGGAACAACUAUAUAUGAGAUAGCGUCACCUCUCGAACACACAACUCUACAAUGCUUAGCUGCCAGAAAAAUUGUAAAGUGUGCUAUCCCAUAUCAGGGUUUCAUUCCAAAAAGGCUAGAGCAGUUUGUGGAAAUGCACUGAUACAUAUUAUAUGAGGACAUGGCUGGAGUCAGUCCUGUCACUACAUGAUGUCUGUCUUAUCCUGUUACACUUGUUACCUAGAGAGUUUUUGUUUACCUUCAUAUUAUUAUGUAAAAAAAUUGAUAACUUUAUCAAUAUUAUAUAUUAACUAUUGUAAGUUUAAGGUCUUUUUUUCAUUGCAUAUUUUGUCAGAAAUCUUCCAAAAUACCACUUUUCUCACGAAACAGAUCUUCUUUUAUUAAUCACAACAAGAAAACACUAAUUCUUUUUUAUACCAUAUAUUUACUGUGAUACAGCUUAAUAUUAAUUUGUUGACUAGCUUCUAAGUCAUUCUAAGUUAACUAUUUUUACAUGAAAUCUCAGAUAGAAUUUGCCAGCUUCAAAAGUGAUUUUUAGCUCGACUAUACGAAGUAUAAGGAGAGCUAUCCUACUCGCCCCGGCGUCGGCGUCUUUCCGCGUCCCCACCUUGGUUAAAGUUUUGGUGCACUUUCUCUUUUUUCAACUUAUCUCUGUAAUUACUGGAUGGAUUUGAUUCAAACUUGAAAUACUUAUUCCUCAUUAUCAUCCACAUCAUCUGACAUAAGGGCCAUAACUCUGGCACCAAUAUUUCAUGAAUUAUCCCCCAUUUUCACUUAGAUUUUUUAGGUUAAAGUUUUGACGCACUUUCACUCUAUCUCUGUUAUUACUGAAUGGAUUUGAUUCAAACUUAAAAUAGUUGUUCAACAUCAUCACCCACAUCAUAUAACACAAGGUGCAUAACUCUGGCACCAUUUUUUCAUGAAUUAUUCCCCCUUUUUACUUAGAUUUUUUGGUUAAAGUUUUGGUGCACUUUCACUCUACCUCUGUUUUUACUGAAUGGAUUUGAUUCAGACUUCAACAUCAUCACCCACAUCAUAUGACACAAGAUGCAUAACUCUGGCACAAUUUUUCAUGAUUUAUUCCCCUUUUUACUUAGAAUUUCAGGUUAAAGUUUUGUGCACUUUCACUCUAUCUCUGUUAUUACUGAAUGGAUCUGAUUCAAACAAUUGUUCAACAUCAUUACCCUUAUCAUGUGACACAAGGUGCAUAACUUUGGGACCAAUUUUUCAUGAGUUAUUUCCCCUUUUUACUUAGAAUUUUAGGUUAAAGUUUUGAUGCACUUUCACUCUGUCUCUGUUAUUACUGAAUGGAUUUAAUUCAAACUUAAAAUAGUUGUUCAACAUCAUCACCCACACCAUAUGACGCAAGGUGCAUAACUCUGGCACCAAUUUUUCAUUAAUUAUUCCCCCUUUUUACUUAGAACUUUUCGUUAAAGUUUUGAUGCACUUUCACUCUGUCUCUGUUAUUACUGAAUGGAUUUGAUUCAGACUUAAAAUAGUUGUUCAGCAUCAUCACCCACACUAUAUGACACAAGCUGCAUAACUCUGGCACCAAUAUUUAAUGAAUUAUGCCCCUUUAUGCUUAGGAUAUACUUAUAUAGUGUUUUGAUACAUUUUAUCUUUACCUCUCUUAUAACUUUAAGUUGAUAUUUUUGACAUAGACUCAGGCUAUUGUGCAAUAUCCUCAUCCGCAAUUGGAGUCAUUAAACACUCCAGUGACAGCUCUAGUUUCCUCAGAUGUGCCCAGUUUCACUAUCCAGCAUCGAAAUAGUCGAGCGCGCUGUCUCCUGUGACAGCUCUUGUUAAGAUAUAGUUUAGAGUGUUAGAGAUUAGGAAAGAGUGUAAGAGAUUAGGUACAACUAGGUUCAAGAACACUAUGACUUUGUCGAAACAUUUAACCGAACACUUGUCAGUUUACAUUUUUUUUCGAAAUUAACAGUAACGUUUUCAAUAUAAUGGAAUAUUACAGCAAAUUGAUGCUUGCAAACCUGUCUGUCACCUUUGCAGAUACUGUCAUCUUUUCAGAAAUUUCUAUUUUUCAAGUAAGCUUAAUAGUAGAACAUUUUCAUACAUCGUUCAAUUUGUUGCUCUGUGGAGAUGACAGUAAGGGAAUGGUAAAAUGAUGUAUACUUCCCAUUUUUUCUUCAUAACCUAUAUGCAUGUUUGAAGUUUGAACAUUGCAAAAUGUUGAGCAUUUAGAUGACAGCUGAAGAUAUCAUUGAUGUUUGCCUGGUGUCUGAAUAUUAAAGUUUUAUAGUAAUAGGUAGUGUGUGUGUUUUUGUCAAAUGCGCACAUUCUUUUUUUUUUUAAACAGAAAUCAUGUCAUACUAAAUUAUUAACCAGUGGAAGAAUUUUUGCUAUGCAGCUUUUGAGUUUUUGUUUUUCCUUUUUAACCGGAUCAUGCAAUGGGUAAUUAGGGCCUACCACUAGAUAUAACUUUGUUUGUGACCAAUACAUACAAGUACAAUCUGUAGAAAAUACUGAUUUUCACACGGUAGAAUAUAGGAUGUAGGGUACAGCAAAAACAAAAAAUGUUUAUGUGGAGAUAGACAAAUAUCCUGCAUUUACCAUAGUUGUUUUUCUUUUACAUUCACAUUUUAUUUCUCUAUUAAUCAGAACAGAGCUCAAAGUGGCUUAAGUCUUGUUUUUGUGAUUUCAAGUAUGACGGGCACUUAAGAAAAAUAACCUGAUAAAGUCCUUACUUGUUUCUCUGUUCAGCACCUUUUUUAAAGAUCCUUGAAACAAGGAAAUGAAUACAGAAAUAAGUUGUACAACCAUUUUGUUGUGUUUUAAACUUAUCUUAUUACAUAGUUACCAAUCAUGUUUGUAUGUAUCAGUGACCUCAAACAAAGGAGAAGAGUGCAUGUAUAUGUAUAUAUCUUGGGCCAAUGUUGUAAAAUUGAGCCUGGAGAUUAGUUCUAAACCUUAAGUCUGAAAGACAGUUUUGAAGCAUAGAUUUGAAAUAAACUAAUGGCAGAGUUUUGUUGUGAUACUGGUUUCCAAACUUGAUAAUAUAACCUUGGCCCAGAGACAAAGUCUUUCCUGGUGAGUUUGGCAUUUAUAAGCGGACUCAAUAUCUAACUUUGCUUUGUUUAAGUUAUUACUUGUGUCUUAUUCCAGUUGAGUUCAAUUAAUUAAUAAGUUUCUAACAUUUCAACUGCAUUUGUUCCUUUUUUUCAGUGUCUAAAUUCAAAUACAUGCUUAUAUGUCUGUAUAUGCAUAUUAUGUCUGUUUUUUGUGUGAUGCCAUAUGACAUACCGUAUUAUUAUAUGAUUAAUAUAUUGGAGAGUUAUACAGAGAGUAGGUUAAAUUAAAAGUAUAUUAGGAUAUGAAUCAUGAAUUCAUCAGUUUAUUGACUAUGUAAAAUACUUCCUUUGUUAAUAUUCCAAGCGGUUCCAGAAUGUUGUUCGAAGUGCUGAUGAGUCUGACUGAUUUCAUAAAAUUAUUGUGGCCGACUUGAGGAUUUUUCAACCCGAGAAGAGUGAUAAUGAUCAAGGGUGCAUGUUAAAUUUUCAUAUUGAGGCAACUAUUUUUAUACGCCCAAAGGGACGUAUUAUGUCAUACCCCCGGUGUCCAUCUGUCCGUUAUCAGUUUUGUGUCCACUCUGUAACUCUUGAACCCCUUGAAGGAUUUCAAAGAAACUUGACACAACUGUUCACCACACCGAGACGACAUGCAGAGCACAUGUUUUUGAUGUCUUGCUCAAGGUCAAGGUUACACUUAGGGGUCAAAGGUCAUAUCAGUUUGUUUCGUAUCCGUUUUGUAACUCUUGAAGGAUUUCAAAGAAUUUUGGCACAAAUGUUCACCACACCGAGACGAUGUGCAGAGCGCAUGUUUCGGAUGACUUGCUUCAAGGUCAAGGUCACACUUAAGUGUCAAAGGUCAUAUAUGACUUUGUUUUGUGUAUAUUGCUCUGCAUUGCAGUGCUCUUGUUUUUAUUUGGCAGAUCCCUUUUUUGUUCACUUACAAUAAAAAUGUUUUGAAUUACCUUCCUUUUAUGUUACUAUAUAAUUAUAGCUUAUUUUGAAACUUUUUUAUUAUUGGCCAUAGGGAAAAACCGAGACCACUUUUCUGUGGUACAACAUGGAUGGUACCUCCAAUUUUUAGAUGUAUUUUGACAUACCUGUACCUGGUAAAGAUUUUUUUGUGGACUUAGAAUUUUUUUUGGAAUUUCUUCCCUUUGUUGUUCCUGUCCUUUGGGCUUCAACAGUCUAGUUCUUAAAAUUUUGCUCCUGUCCUCUGAUGUAACCCUUCAGGUGUAUAUUGCCCUGCUUGGCAGAGCUCUUAUUUUUAUUAUUAAAUCCAACCAAAUACUCUCUUUUUGUUGGACAUUAUGAUUAAGGAAAAAGUAGAACUUCUUUGUUGCAUGGAAAUUUCUGGUAAUUAUUGGAUGUUGAAUUGGUCACUUUAUUUUUAAGCCAACAUUGCGAUUGUUUUCCUAAGCCUUAUACAAGUGAACAGUAAAAAAAAGCUAUUAUCAUGUCUUAAAACAAUGGGAUGUGUCCUUGAAGUCAAAAUCAAGUGGGUAGGGGAGGGAUUUUGUCCCAUUCAUGAUUGUGUCCUGAUCCCUUUUGUUCCAAGCUUAGAAUGUAUUUUUUUUUGCAUGGAAUGCAAGUAGCAAAAUGGACUGGAACAAAUAAGUUUAUUAUAUUGUACUUGCAUACCUUAUAUCACAUAUGGAGAUCUGUUAAUAAUAUUUCACCUAAAUGUUGCAUAAAAUGUUUUUUAAAUAGAAAUUCCGGCUUGUACUGUUCUGUUUUGAUAUUGAAGAGGGGCAAAUGCCGCAAUUCAAUGUUUGUUAUUGAAUCAAAUGACUUCUGGUAUAGUGUAAAUACCAUGUGAUAUUUGAACAUGUUUCUGUGAUUAGAAGUGUGGGUUUACAAAAGCAGCAGGCUAGGCUCACCUUCUUAUCAAGUAAAAAGAGAAAAAGUGGAAAAGUAGAAUACAUGAAAAGAAAAAAAAAAUUUUGUUAGCCCCUAUACAUUAGUACUUAUACAUUUUCGAACUUACCUAAAGAUGUUUUCAGUAAAACUAAGCUUACCAUUUUAAAUCUGGUCAGUAACAAGAGAAUGCCUCGGUCUACAGUGAUCAAACUUCAUAAGAUGAUAACUUGUAGAUUACAAACACUUGCUGUUUCAGUGAAUUUACUUAAUAAUUUAGCAAAACAAUAAUUCCAAAAUGUUAACUUUUGAAUUUUAUUUACUUGCUGUCAAAAUGGUGACCUUAACUUUUUAAAAAUCGUUUUUCCUGUAUUAAUAGAACCGUUGAAUAUUCGGAUAAAAAUUAAAUGUUGCAGGUAAACAAAGUUGUCAUAGUUUUUUGUUUUCUUUUUCUCCAAAAAACAAGGAGAAAAUUUAUGACCUUAUGAAAGUCUGGUUUGUAUGUGGACUACUGCACAUAUGAGAAUUACUGCACUGGGACAAAUUUUCCUCCCCCGACACCCAGUAUGUGUUUACUUUUUCAGUUUCUUUCAUCUUAUAUUUCAUGACGAUGUUUUGUAGUACUGACCAAUCCCCAGUCAAAGAUAAUAUGACAGUUUUCAUCAAAUGUCCUCAACAUUGCAAUUUAUAUAUUCAUAAAACACUUGUUAAAUGUAAGUUUGGUGUUUAAAACCUUACACAUUUACCUGUAGUGAGCAUCGCAAUUAUUUUUAACAAACAAGUUUAGCAGAUGUAUCUAUGCUUUUAUUAUUUUGCAUUUGGAUCUACAAAAUAUACAUGUUCAGAGAUUGAAUUCUCAUCCAAUGUAACUGUUUGCUUUUUUCCAGAGAAAAGAUUAGUUUUGUUCCCUCUCUCAUUUUAAGAUUAUUGAAGCUAAAGAACUAAUUCACUUGAUUGGAAGAUAAGCCUAGCUGAAGUAAUGCUUGUUGUACAAGAUUUAUUAAAGCUUUAUCUGUCAGGUGUGCUGGUAAGCUGAGAAUUAAAGGUAUAAAAGAAUCA